AUGUCUGACGAGUCGAAAAAAGAAUUUGCGUCUGACGUAAAAUUGGACUUCUCCACUACUGAACAAGCACUGAAUGCAAAGUUGCAAGACAAAAUGAGCAACAGUGACAAGUUGGAUACCAUUGAAAACGAUGCUGCUGCUGAGGCUGCUGAGGCUGUUUCAAUCAAACAGGAGGCUGAUCCAAAACAGGAAACUGACUUGCCAAUUGAGGAAUUUGAGACGAGACACGAUCUUACCAUUGCAGAAGAGGAGGAGGAACCACCUUUGAAAAAGGUUAAACUUGAAGAAGAUGAGACUGAACAACAGAAUGGAUCCUCUGGAGUCAACAGUUCUCCCACUUCCAAGAAAAAUGAACUUUACGCUGUCAAAUCUCAACUGCGUCCAAUCGUUGUUGUUCCGCCAACUAAGCCAGAAUUAUUCUACAUACCUUUGAAAACAGGGUUGGUUUACGACGUAAGAAUGAGAUACCACGCCAAGAUCUUUACGUCAUACUUUGAAUACACUGACCCACACCCAGAGGAUCCUCGUCGUAUAUAUCGAAUUUACAAAAAAUUGGUGGAAGCCGGAUUGGUUCAAGAUUAUUCGCUAUCCGGUAUUGAUGAGUUGGGUCCAUAUAUGCAAAAGAUCCCCAUAAGGGAAGCAUCAAAGGAUGAGAUUUUGGAAGUACAUUCUGAAGAACACUUGAGACAUAUUCAAUCUACUGAAACAAUGACCAAAGAUGAAUUAAUGAAGGAAACUGCCAAUGGUGACUCCAUUUAUGUCAAUAAUGACUCCUUUUUCUCAGCCAAAUUGUCAUGUGGUGGUGCUAUUGAGGCUUGUAAAGCGGUGGUUGAAGGAAGAGUGAAGAAUUCGUUAGCUGCUGUUAGACCCCCGGGCCAUCACGCCGAGCCUGACUCACCAGGUGGAUUCUGUUUGUUUAGUAAUGUUGCAGUUGCUGCCAAAAAUAUCUUAAAGUCUUAUCCUGAAUCAGUGCGAAGGAUUGUUGUUCUUGAUUGGGAUAUCCACCAUGGUAAUGGAACCCAAAAGGCCUUUUAUGAUGACCCUAGAGUCUUGUAUAUUUCGCUACACAGGUAUGAAAAUGGUAAAUUUUAUCCAGGUACCAAGUACGGUGGAGCCGACCAGGUGGGAGAAGGUGAUGGAGAGGGAUUCAACUUGAACAUUCCUUGGAGAUCCCAUGGAAUGCACGAUGGUGAUUAUGUGUAUGCAUUCAACAAGGUAAUCAUUCCCGUCAUGUUGGAAUACGAUCCUGAUUUGAUUAUCGUCAGUUCCGGGUUUGACGCGGCUGAUGGCGAUGUCAUUGGUGCUUGUCAUGUGAGUCCGGCUGGGUAUGGAUACAUGACACACUUGUUGAAGGCUAUAGCGAGGGGCAAAUUGGCAGUUAUACUUGAAGGUGGAUACAAUUUGACCUCCAUUAGUAAUAGUGCAUUAGCAGUGGCAAAAGUCUUGCUUGGCGAGCCACCUGAAAAUACCAUACCAAAGCAACCUCAUGGUGACGCCAUUGAGGUUAUUGACGAGGUGACUAAGAUACAUUCCAAGUACUGGAAAUGUUUGAAACCAGGAGUUCCCCAGACUUCAUUUGAUGACGUAUACGAUCUACCUGACCUUGACAAAGAUAGGUACAAGUUGACCAAUAUAUCUGACCCAAUACGAUCCUAUCAAAACAAUGAGGCUUACUCCAAGAAGCAAUUUGUUAACUUGCCGAUUAUCAAUAAUGACAAAGGUGACAAAAAGACAGCAAGCUUCACCUGCGACUUACCCGAACUGAUUGAUGAACUAGUAAUUGCCAGCCAAGAUGUGUACGAUUGUACAUCUAUAGUGGUGACUAUCCACGAUCCACCAGAAAUAUGGGCCAACAUUAACCCAACCACCGGUAUAAUUGAAAGUAAUUCAUCCAUAGUGUUGGAACAACCAUUGUUUCAAAUCAUGGACAAAGUAGAAAAGGAAAAGGACAGUGAAAACAAAGACAAGAUUGGCUACAUUGAUAUCAACAUCCCGUCUUUCCAACUACCAUUCCCGGGGCUUUCGACAUCGCAUGAGUCGUCGUACAAUCCAACCAUUUUUGCCCAAGAAGUGCUUUUGUACAUUUGGGACAACUAUAUUUCAUAUUUCACAAAAUUAAAGAAAUUGGUAUUUGUCGGGUUCGGUGACUCCUACCAAAGUAUAGUGCACUUGUUCAGCAAGCGGCCAUCUGCAGAUAUCAAGAGCUUGGUGAAAUUCACCAUUGCUUACGUCAAUAGAACGCCAUUGAAACCUAUCAAUCCAGUCAUGGACGAGAGUAUGGUUGAUUGGUUUUACCACAACUCUACAAUCUUCACUAGCAACUUGAACUCGUGCUGGAGUAACUCGAGCAAUGGCUCAUCUGGUGAUUCAAGUGGAGAUGAUUUGAAGCGGCCAAGAAGAAAGUUUGGUAGAGUAUUGAGAGCUAAAGGGGAUGGGCUAUUUGAUGUUAUAAAUGAAAAGUUUGACGAGGGUGUUGAUAACAUUUUGGAUAGCAUAGAGGAAUACUCGAGCUCGGAGGAGUAG